AUGGCAACGAAAGAAGUGGUACACGCCGAUGCCAACGAGGGAUCAACGCGUAUACUUCCUCUCAAGAUCCCUUUCUUCAAAGAGAUUCUCCUUGAGUCCUUCUCCUGCGACCACUGCGGCUUCUCCAACAAUACCGUCAAGAGCGCCGGUCAAAUACAAGAGAAAGGCUCCAAGUACACCUUUCGCCUCGAUGACACGUCCGACUUCCAGCGCCAAAUAGUGCGCAACGACACUGGCGUAUUCCGGAUAGAAAAUAUUGAUCUCGAGAUGCCGCCGGGUCCUGGCCAAUUCACCAACCUAGAAAGCAUGUUCACCAAAAUCCAAACAGACCUCGAACAUGACCAGCCCAUUCGAAAAGCUACUCAGCCGGAUCUCUAUUCGGCUCUCGAGUCCAUAAUUACCAAGCUUAAAGAUAUGCUCUCGGGCACUUCCUUCCCCAUAACCAUAAGUCUCGACGAUAUCUCCGGCAACUCUUUCAUCGAACCCGCCUCAACGGAUACUGGCUCCAAGUACGUACGUACAGACUAUUUGCGUACAACGUCUCAGAACGAAACUCUCGGUCUCACCACCUCCGAUGAGCGCGACGUGAUGGAUGGCGUUAAUGUAGUCGAUGGUGAGGUCUACGAGCUGCAGUCCCAUUGUCCUGCCUGCUCCAAGUCAUGUACCGUUAAUAUGAAGAAAACCAACAUCCCCCAUUUCAAAGAAGUCAUCAUCAUGGCCACCGUCUGCGACCACUGCGGAUAUCGCACUAGCGAUGUGAAGACCGGCGGCGCCAUUCCACCACUCGGAAAGAAGAUCACUCUACAAGUCAAAACUCUGGAAGACCUAAGUCGCGACAUCCUCAAAUCAGAAUCAUGCGCGCUCAAGUCCCACACUUUGGGACUGGAAGUCCAACCGGGAACCCUCGGCGGGCGCUUCACAACCGUAGAAGGCCUGCUAGCACAAGUCCGAGAUCAACUCCGCGGCCAGAUCUUCGACACCGACGGCGACCUCGCAGGUGGCGACAGCAUGACCGCCGAGACGAAAGCCCGCUGGGACGCCUUCUUCGCCAAAGUGGACGGCGCCAUCAAAGCGGAGUUCGCAUUCGACGUCAUUCUUGAGGACCCUUUGGCGAAUAGCUUUGUGCAGAAAAACGUGGAUGGUGACGAGGAGGACCCGCAGAUUGAGGUGGUCGAGUACGAGCGGACCGAGGAGGAAAAGGAAGAUCUGGGGUUGAAUGACAUGAAGGUGGAAGGGUACGAGCAAGAUGGAGAGGAAGCGAAAGUGAACGGGCACUCGGAGGCUCAAUAA